CCAGACACACACAUGCUUCAGUCAGUGGAAACUCGUCACUUACUCUCAGCUCGCAGGAGUCCACGGAGGAUUUAAUUAUCUGUCAUACUAGACACCAGAGCAGAGUGCCCAGAUCCUGCAGAGAGAGAGAGAGAGGGAGACUCCUGAGAGCAUCUCCACAGGCUGCUGAUGCGCAAAGAGAGGAGGUCAGUCAGAGAGAGACAUCAUGAGUGACCAAAUGGACUGCAAGAACUGCAAGGAGUCCCUGUGUGGACGCAAAUACAUCCAGGUGGAGGAGAAGCCUCACUGCAUCCCGUGCUACGACCGCAUGUACGCCAACACCUGCCAGGAAUGUAAAGAAAUCAUCGGUCACAAUGCAAAGGAGCUCUUCUACGAGGACAGGCAUUACCACGCACAUUGUUUCCGUUGUUUCCGCUGCGACCGCUCUCUGGCAGACGAGCCCUUCACCAGCCAGGAGGACGCGCUGGUGUGCAGCGACUGCUACUGCAACGAGUACUCCUCCAAGUGUGUGGCCUGUGACAAGAUAGUCAAGCCAGGUUCAAAGUUGUUGGAGUACGGCGGCUCCACGUGGCACGAGGACUGCUUUGCGUGUCACGGCUGUGAGAAGUCGAUCGGUGCCGAGGCGUUCAUUCCAGACCAGAACAACUAUUACUGCGUGCCAUGCUACGAGGGCCGCUUUGCUCCUCAGUGCAACCACUGCAAGAAGGCUCUGACUAAAGGAGGCGUGACCUACAAGGACGAGGUGUGGCACAGAGAGUGUUUUCUCUGCACGGGCUGCAAAGCUCCUCUGGCCGGGACACCCUUCACCUCGCAGGGAGACUGUCCGUACUGCGUCAAGUGUUUCAGCAGCCUGUACGCCAAAAAGUGUGCCGGCUGCAACACGGCCAUCACAGGGUUUGGAGAUGGGAAGUACGUUUCGUUUGAGGAUCGGCAGUGGCACCAGCCGUGCUUCAAGUGUUCCCGCUGCUCUGUGUCGCUGGUCGGCUCCGGCUUCUUCCCAGACCGCGACCAGAUCCUGUGUACAGACUGCAACAGCGACGACUGACUGACGCUCAAAACAACACCCGCAACCUCGCCGAGCAAAUAUCCAACUUCUAAACCUUCCUCUUGCACAUGAACACUGCGAUGUCACUAAUUCAGUCACAGCGUAAAAAGCUGAUACGAAGAUCAGUAUUUACAACUCCAUUCUUGUUAUCUUUUAGCACAUCACAAUGUUUGUAUAAAUUCUGCAGAAACAUCCUGUGUGUUGAACUUGUACGACUUUGUUUUCUUUAUUUAAUGUUUUGUACAUCUGAGACUAAAGACUUUAAAGAAAAGAUACACAUAAACUGUUAAACCUUUUGUUCAUUCAUGGAGGUUUAAUGCAUCAUUUUAUACAAUAUUUUCAUGACAGCUAGAUGUGACCAACAUUUGAAUGUUUAAAGAUAUGCCUGCUACAUGUAUUUAUACUUAUGAAAUACUAUAACUUUGUAUAAAGCUGUCCUUCACCUCAAACCCUUCUCGCUUUAUCUAAACCUAUUUCUUUAAAAUGAUUUUUUAAAACAUCUUUACUGGCAUCUAUGCAAUAAAAAUGUCAAAAAACAAAAA